UGUGUAUGUAAUGCGGAUAGAAUGGCACGUAUGGAGUAGACGGCAUGUGAGAGUCUGGACCGGAAUAGAAAAGAAAACAGCAGAAUAAUGGCGCGAGCUCCGAAGUCCUGGAUCUUUUUCUGGAAAUUCUUCACAGGUUUACUUUCGGUUUCGUUGCAUAACUUCCGGUUUUCGGGCGGUGCGGAAUAAUACAGGAAGGCGGGAAACUCCUAUUUCAAAUUUAUAAUCUCCAAAAACAAACAACAAACCCCACUCAGGGACCAGGAAGGAAGAGCAGAGACAAGAUGGAUCCUUUGAAUUUUCUAACUGAAGAUGAUCUGAAGAAGUUCUUUCACUGUAAGAAGACAGAAAUGUCUUGUAUGGAGGAACCGCACGUCUUCCUGACCCAGCUCCGAGACCAUGACCUGGUACCUGAGGAGCUGUACAAGAAGGUAAUAAAGAUGAAGUGUAAAGACAGAACGCAAGGUGUGUAUCAGAUUCUGGACUGGCUGGAGAAGGAGCGAGGACAGUGUGUGAAGCUGUUUUGGAGUUGUGUAUUUAAGAAUCACAUCUUGCAGAAAUAUUCGGUUCUCCGUAUGCUCCGGACCAGCCUCCAGAACGGCUCCUACAAGGCUGAUACGGAGCUCCUUGAUGAGCAGAAAUUAACCAAGAAGGAGAAAGACUCAAUCCGGAGCAAAGAAGAUAAAGAAAAUGAGCAGACGAGUGGAAGAAAGAGGAAGCAAAGCACUAAAGGAACAAAGAAACCUUUCUCUAAUUCCAGCCUGAAGAAACCGGCCAAGAGGCCCACAUUUGCCAAUCCAUUAAAAAAAGGAGAGACGGCAGCUAUUUGGACGUUGAAUUUUUAUAAGACUCGACUCCCUGUUACCUGCGGUGAUAAAGAAGGCACUCUGCAUCGGGACAAACUGGCCGAAGGAUCCAAGUGUAUCUUGUCCGAGGGUCACUGUUUCAGCACCAGCGAAUUUGAGAGGUUUGCCAGAAAGGGGUACGGCAGGACCUGGAAACAGAGCAUCAGCUGCCAAAACACUCCGUUGCAGAAGCUUAUAGAGGAGGGUCAUCUACAGUCUCCAAGUGCAAAAAGACACAAGAAUCAAAAGAACCAAAGCAUUCAGCUACCGACGAACAGCUCGAAUGAAGUCCAUGAGGAGGAAGAGGAAGAAGACAGUGAUCAAGAGGAAAACUUUUCCUUACCAGUCAGCUGUGGCUCUCUCAGUGGGACUUUAUACAAAGACAGGUUUGCAGUGUCGGGUGGUAAAAGCAUCCGCACAGAGGAGCGCUGGUUCACUCCUGAGGAGUUCGUGAAGUCAGCUUUGCCAGACGGACACUGGAUGAGAGACAUAGUGUGCAACGGCGAACCCCUUCAGCACCUGCUAAAGGAGCAUAUCCUGCAGGUCCAUCCGCCACAGUGCAAGUGUCGACGGUGUCAUCUUACCAACCCACUGGAUCAUGAUAACGAUGAUGUGUGCUUCAUUUGUAACUCCAGUGAAAAUCUGACACUGGUGUGCUGUGACGAAUGUCCUCGAGCGUUCCACCAUCAGUGUCACUUACCCGUGCUAAAGGAAGGAACCCUUGGGAGCAAUUGGAAGUGCACCUUUUGUGUGUUAAAGUUCAACCAAGAAUUGUGGAUUAGCAUGACCAGUGAUGAUGCUUUGAACAGUUCUGUUUCUGAAAGUACUAUGCACUGUGAGUACUUGCUGUUGCGUCUGUACAAGGACGACUCACUGCAAGUCUUUACUAAAAACCCCACCAAAGAAGUGCGGGGGUACACCAGGGUGAUCUCGAAGCCCAUGUGGGUGGACCGGGUGAAGACCAAACUUCAGACCAAAGUGUAUAAAAGAGUGGGAGAGUUUGUGGGAGACGUCAGGCUCAUCUUUCAAAACUGCCACAUUUUUAAUGAGGAUAAUGAGUUUGGGAAGUACGGAGCCAGACUAAGUGAGAGCUUUGAGCGCGAGUUCCGCACCAUCUUUAAGAUCCAGUAGAUCCUCCUCUUUCACGGUCCUGUUUAAUUAAUCUCGUCAUCUUUUAACACUUGUCUGUCAAACCUCUAUCUCUCAUAACUACAUAUCUGCUUACACACUUUAAGAUAAAUAACUGGAUAAUAAGCUGACUCUUUAAGAUGUUAAACUUCAUAUUAGUCAGAAAAUUUUGUCAUUAACCCACAAUGCUUUAUGACUUAAGGCUUUUAAUAAUAGACCGUUUUAUGAAUGUAAAUGCAUUAGCUAGUCUUUUAAUUUGUUUUCAUGUUUAAUUAAGAGAUUAUACUGUAUGUGAAUAUUGAUUAUUCACUCUCCUUACUUUGGAAUCUUUUAUGGUGUUAAAAAUAUAUACAUUUACUUCCUUCUUACUUGCACUUUUUACAGAUUUCUGUGUUGGUUUUCGGGUUUUAUGCAAUUAUAUGUACUUUUUUUUAUUAAUUAAAUUCUGUCAGAAAUUAUGUUACUAUAGUCUUUGAUGUAAACAAUAUUGUCAAACUUUGCUCAGUCAGGUAUUAGGUCAAAUGUUUAAUUUCAAGCUGGUUACUACAGUGGUGAUGAUGAAGUUAUUUUUCAGGGUUAGCAGGGAAUUCCUCAUGUCACAAUGAGCCUGAAGGUUCCCUCUUUCUUUUUACAUUAUAGAGUGCUCAUUUAAAUAUUCUAUAAAUAGGAUUUCAACAGGUUUUACUAAGACCCUCCUCAUUAACAAACUGGCACGGGCCACAUCUCAGGAACCGGAUAAUAUAUAUAAUUUUAUUUUAUUUUUUUUUUAGAUUCCUGACUCAGUAAAUUUCAUUUCAAUUUCACAGGCAGGAAUCUAAAAUAAAUAAAUAUAUAAAUAAAAAUAAUAUAUAUAUAAUUUUAUUUUUUUAGAUUCCUGCCUCAUACGUAUAUAACUCAAAUCUUCCAAAAUAUUACUUAAUACCUGAUUUGAUAUGACGGGUCAAGUUUUUUAUUUUUACAGUACAUAUUGUUUGUAACAGUUGUUUUGCCUGCUGGUUAUUGUGUUAAAAUACAAGGUUAAAUGCU